AAAGACACCGGCGUAAGGUUUCUUCUCUUCAACUUCUCCUCUGUAAAAGUUCCUAGAGAGAGAACAGAGGAAAAGGAGAGAACCCGAAUCACUAUCUGGUUGGAGGUUUUUCCAGAACUACAUACAUUAAAUUACCAUUUUCUAUUAUUAUUUUUUUAUUAAAAAUGUUGAGCAAAAUAAUCAUUUUUAGUACAUAUACUCAAAUUCUAGUUAUGCCAUAUCAGCAUGGAAAUUCAAACCAACAAAAAUGUAAUUAGAUGCCAUGUCAUUUAAGCAAAAAAAAUAUUUCCUAACGAUGGCUUCCUUCCUCAUUCUUCGUCGUCUUUUCGGUUUCUCCAUUCCACUUCUUAUGUUCCAAGUUUUUAUUCCAUUUAACUUUACCCAUUAUUGCCUUCUUCAAAAGAGAAAUCAUAGAUCUUUCUUUGACUUCUCUUUUUACUCUAUAAAACGCAGAGUGAAAUGUUGUCUAAGAAACUAUGCGUACCAAUUGGGAUUUUAGCAAAAGCUCGGCUUCAAUCGACAGAGAUGAGAAUUCCUUAAAAAUGCCUUUUUAUGCAGGUUAUUUCGAAAUUUGUUAUUGUCAUUAUCAUCUUUAUUUUCAUUGGAUUUAUCUCUCUUUUCGCUUCCCAGGAUGUAAGUAGAAACAACCCAUUGCCACUCACUCAGUCACUUAUCAGACUGUUUUCUAUAUCUCACGUGCUUUAUUUCGCAUGGCAAGGUUGUAGAGACUGUCUUCUCUGAUUUGGUGGUUUUAAAUUGUUUUUAAUUCUUAGCUCGCACCUUUUAAUCCAACCAAGAAAAAGAAGAAAGUUGUCAUUAAAAAUUAAAAUCAUGUCAAGUACUCAAUAGAGUCACAACUAGAGAAAUCUGAUUCCUUGCAUGGUAUGUUGAGGAGCUUUGUCUGUCUUUUUUGUUUCUAUUCAGUGGUGUAUCUACGAUACUAUGUCUGAAUUCUUUUCCCUGUAGCUAAUGAUGGUCUUGAAGGCUCAUUUGGUUGACUGAAGAAAAGGAAGAAGAAGUCAGUGAGUGUUAUAACGUUUUGUAUCUGCGAAACUGGUACUUGCAUUAUUAUGUGGCCCCAUAUUGUUUUUGUUGAUGGGUAGAUUGAAUCAAGCUAAUUGGAUGAAUACAUUGUUGAUGUUGCAGAAGAAUGGGAUUAAGCUCCAUUCCAGGAUUAUAUUGACGGCCAUGGUUAGGAUUUUUGAAUGAGAAGGGUAAACCCAUGAGGAAGUGGAAGCGAAUUUGCUAAGUUCUUGGAGGAGUAUUGUAGGAUUAGUGUGGUGAAGCCAAAAUUCUUUCAAAGGGUUUUAAGUUACAUGGAAAGGUAGGAGAUGUCUUCGAACCGAUAGAAAAGAAGUUGUUUGAGAUUAUGAUGAAAAAAGAUUUUCAUUUCAAUUAUUCAAAGAUUUUGAAACCAAUUGUGGGUUCAGAGAUGAUCUUUAUGUAACCUGAAUAUUUGGUUCUGUUUUGCAUAUUUUUUUCCUUUGAAACUUUAAUAAGGCUUUAACCUCUCUGCACGUGACAUAUUUUGCAUCCAAAAUUUCAGAUGCUGUCCAGCUGAUCAAUGGUCAUUCUGUCACCGACCGCUCCGUCCUUCACGGAGUAGGAGUAGCAACCACUCAGCGAGUGUUGGUUCACCUUCAACCUAAAGAGUGAGCAUUUUCUUGAUAGUAAUACAAACCUUCAGCUGUAUAACCAAUUGAGUUCAUCCUACUUUCAAUGAACAUAUGCAGGGGCUGUUAUGAAUGUGCUGUGGGAUCAGGCUAUAAACGAAUUCUACAGAAAAUUCAGUAAGAGUGCAGAUACUCAUGUCAUGCUUUUAGUGACAACAGUUAACACCAAACAUAUUUGCGGUAAACAUUUAUCCUCCUCUUCCAAUAGUUUCCAAGUUUAUCUCAACAUUUUAGAUUUCACGUUAAAUUCUCCACUAAUAUGAGAUGAGCUCCCUUAACAUAAGUUGUUGCUUAAUAAGAAGUAAUUCAAGUCACUAAUAUUAGUGAUUCUACAGGGUUGCUACUUAAGAUUUAAAGUUUGGGAAAGAAAGCCAUGUGAGGGAGUUUAGGCAACCAAGUGACAUUUUUCUAAUCUCUUGAUUCGAAGUAGUAGUUCUAUAAAUUUUGAAAGCAAAAACUCUCUGAGAAACUUAUCCUAAUCUUCUUAAAUGUGUUCAUUGCAGACUUGUGAGACAUAACAUUCAACAUGAAUACAGAGAAGUUGUAGAGAGGCAUGUGCUUACAAGUUUUGACUAGGGAAUCUGUCUAACAAUUCAACUAUUCCCAGUAAUGAUCUCUGAUUUUUUUUUUGAUAUUUUGGGUGAUGUUCUGCUUUUUGACAAUGGUAGUUACUCGUCAACAAGCAGGUGAAGAGGCACGGAUUUAGAACUCUGAUUUUCUCAGUUUAAUCUCUUGAAUCAAUAUUUGUAAUGUGUUUAUGAUGAUCGUUUAUGGUGUGUAAACGGUGGUGGAUAGAUUGAUUGAAACCGGAGACAAUGAGCUUAUUUUUCAGAAAGCAAUCAUGGAGCAAGGAAGAUGGCAAGUUGGUAUUUAGUUCAAGAAAACAAUUGUUACGUGUAUCUCAAAUUAAGUUAUUUUCUGCCUCCGUGCAUGCAGAUAAAAAAUAUUGGAUACACUUGCGGAGAUUGAGGAAUGACAUGGCGCUUUCAGAGGCUUAGAGAAGAAACUCCUCCACAUUGUAGGUUAUAAUAAAAAUUCUGAAUCUGAAAGUGUCAAACAAGAUGGUGAACUAAUGAAUGCUUCUGAAAUCGGUAAGAGAUUCUUACCUUUCCAUCAUUUUUAUCUUUUGGGCACAACUAUUUUUUGGUAAGCGAAAUGUUUAUUUUGGGUUUGGACAAUUUGGACUGGGUACAAUUUGAGCUUAAAAAAAUAAUGUCCAAUAAAUUGAUUUGUUCAUUUGGACAUGUUCAUUGGACAUGGACAACCCAAUUGACAUCUCUAAGAUUUAAGGUUUUUUAUGUGUGUUUAGUCCAGGUGCUACCAAUCGGGAAGAGGUGAAAGAGUUUUAAAGCCAGACGAAAAGUAACUUUGUCUAUAUGUGUCUUCUUAGAAAACCUUUAACUGUUUGCAUGGAGUGAACAUUAGUAUCUAAAUAGUUUUUUGUGCAUCUAUAUGUUAACCGUUCUCACUUUUUUUGUGCAAGCUUGCAAUACAUAUUUCUUUUAGGAUUUCAUCACUAUGGUCUUCAUAUAAUUGCAACUAAUUAAUCUGUAGUGACACCACUUCUAAUACUUAUAAAGGCUGCACAAAAAAGUGCAUAAACAUUAUUAUUACUCAAAGAAACUACCUCUAACCAGGUCAAGAAAUCUGAGUACCAUCAAUAGACAAGGAAAACAAGAGAUGAGUGGGCAACAUAGAGCAGAGAAGUCUGAAGAAGAAGAUGGUCGAGAAAAAAAUUAUGAAAAGGCAAUAUUUAGGUGAACUAUUCAUAAGAAGAAAAGGUUGAAUACGUACUCUUUUAAUUCGUUUUACUCUAGAGCCAGCGCUGGUCCAUACCCAUUAAGGACCCCACUUGAAACUGGGUUUCAGAUGUGUAAUUUUUUUUCUAAAUAAUGAACAGUAGCUUAAAGAAAAAAACAUUGACGUUUAGGUCCUAAGUAACCGCUUCUACUGCUUCCGCAACGGGCCUGGCCUGUCUCAAAAGUUCCAAUGGAAGUAGCAAAAACUUAGAAGGAUAAUGUGAGAUCUGAGUUGAUGUUAGUCUCUUCUUCUCUUUUUCUACAUGUCUCUGUGUUCUUAGAUAUUCUUCCCAUGUAAACUUAUGUCAUUCUAACAUGUAAUACAUUUAGUUAAUUGAUUGUUUAUUAAAUAAUAUUAUUCCUGUUUUUAUAAUCUUUUUUUUAAUUAACAGUUUCUAACAUUUAAUCUAAAAUUAUUCAAUUUCGUACAUUUUAGAUUCUUUAGAAAUAAUACUAAAAACAUCAAUAAAAUUGAUUCUAUUUUAAUUAGGAAAUUAUAUUUUAUUACUACAAUAAUUCAUUUAUGUGAUGUUAUUAGUUGAGUUUACCGCUAAUAUACCAAUUAUGACUAAUACUUUAUCGCUUUGGGUAAACCGAAAAUAUUCAUAUUCUGAGUUAGUAGUGAAUUUUUUUUGAGUUAGUAGUGCAAUUUUUUCAUGUUCGGUUCGAAACCUAAAUCUAAUCUUUAUUACAUAAUUUAUUAUAUAAUACUGUAUAUAUCAGUAAAAUAAUAUCUUAAAUUCAUUUUUAUUGUAAAAAAUUAACACUAUUUUUGAAAAUGGCCAAAAAUUUUAAAAGAUGGUAAAAAAUGUAAUUUAUUUUCUAAACAAUAGAUUUACAUUUAAAAAUAUAUCAGUUACAUGUAAAAUAUAUUCAAAUUAUAUAUUGUAUUCAAAAGCUCAAUUUGAAUUUGUUUGGCAACACAAAUAUAAUUGCAACAAGUCAAAAUAAUCGCGCUGAGAAAAACUCUAGUUGUUCUAAAAUGUGUAUCAAGUAAUUGUAAACUAGAUGAAUUUCAGGCAAAAAGAAUGAAAUUAAAAAUUGAAUGAGCAUAAAAGUUUAUUCGAAACAAAAAGAUGUUGAACUAGAUUUUUUUUUAUAUAACUAGAUGUUGAACUAGAUUCUUUAUUUAUAUAACUAGAUAUUGAACUAGAUAAAAAAAAAUGGCUUAACAAUUUAUUAAUUUGUUAAUACAUACCAUAAUUUACUUGCACCAUGUUGAAGAUCCCUUUCAAGUCUUUCCUCUGUAGUAUACAUAAUUGUUUAAUAAACCGCUCUCUCCGGGACUUGAAACCUGAAUUUCCUGUAAUCUGCAAUAAAUUGCAUAGUCUAGGAUUUAAACCCCAGACCUGGGUGUAGAAGCCUUUAAACCUUAACCAAUAGGCUACGGUGCUUAAUAUGUGGAUAAGCUUAGAUAGGUGGUGUUGACAUGAUGUAAAGGCUUAAAGUAACUUUAUAUUAAUUUCCAUACUCAACUAAAAAUAAACUAGACUUUAUUUUUCAAUUGGAUUACCUUGUAGUUGGAGUUACAAAAAUAACAAAAUCAUCAGUCCCUUGCACGAAAAUAAUAAUGCAAAAAAGCAUAGGUAUUUAUUUAAGUGAAUCAAUGUCUCACUAACAAACUUAUAUUCAUCUUAGAGUACACUUUUAGUCUUAGUCUUUGGCAGAAGAAGUAAAAGCAACGUGUACAAUAAUAUAUGAAGAGAGAAACACAAAUGUCAACACCAAAGAAGAGCCUUCGCAUAAGAGAGGAGCCUUUUGCUUUGCACAUAAUAACUCACACUUUCUUGCCUCCAAAUCUUUCCUUUCCCAAACAAUUUCACUCCUAUAUCUUUUCUCUGUCUGUGCUCUUUUAUUCAUGCCAGCCAACAAAUGGAAUAUUUCAUGAGACUCGUCCUGGUUCUGUAUCUGGUCUUCAUCGCGUCUCGUCAGCAAGUUUCAUCGGAAUCUAUUACCAGAGAGAGUUUUCCAGAUGGGUUUGUGUUCGGGACAGCUUCUUCAGCUUACCAGUUUGAAGGAGCUGUGAAUGAAGGAAACAAAGGAGAUAGCAUAUGGGACACUUUCACCAAGAAACCAGGAAAGAUAUUGGAUUUCAGCAAUGCGGAUACUACGGUUGAUCAAUAUCAUAGAUUCCAUAGUGAUAUAGAUCUUAUGAAAGAUCUGGGAAUGGAUGCUUACAGAUUCUCUAUAUCUUGGACUAGAAUAUUCCCUAAUGGAACAGGGGAAGUAAACCCAGAUGGACUUAAGUACUACAACACUCUCAUAGACACGCUUUUAGCCAAAGGAAUCAAACCUUAUGUGACAUUGUAUCACUGGGAUCUCCCACAAGCUUUAGAAGACAGAUAUGAAGGAUGGCUGAGCAGACAAGUCGUGGAUGAUUUUGAGCGUUAUGCAUUCACUUGUUUCAAAGCGUUCGGAGAUAGAGUGAAGUACUGGAUCACUUUCAAUGAGCCACGCGGGCUAACGAUCCAAGGCUAUGACACAGGGAUACAGGCUCCAGGGAGGUGCUCACUUCUGGGACAUUGGUUCUGUAAGGAAGGGAAGUCAUCUGUCGAACCGUAUGUUGUAGCUCAUAACAUUCUCUUGUCUCAUGCUGCUGCUUACCACACCUACCAGAGACACUUCAAGAAGAAACAAGGUGGUCGAAUAGGGAUGUCGUUAGAUGCAAAAUGGUUUGAGCCAAUGUCUGAUUGUGAUGAGGACAGAGAUGCAGCUCGUAGAGCAAUGGAUUUUGGGAUCGGAUGGUUUAUGGAUCCUCUAAUAAACGGAGACUAUCCAGCUUCAAUGAAGAGACUAGUGGAAGAGAGACUACCAGAGAUAACAGCAGAGAUGUCCAAAACCAUAAAAGGGGCAUUUGACUUCUUUGGAAUCAACCACUACACGACACUGUACACAAGGAACGACAGAACAAGGAUAAGGAAACUGAUUCUACAAGAUGCUUCUUCUGAUGCAGCAGUGAUCACUAGCUCAUUUCGAGGAGGAGUGCCUAUAGGAGAAAAAGCAGGAUCAAGCUGGCUACACAUAGUCCCAUGGGGAAUCAGGAAACUAGCAGUGUAUCUCAAAGACGUCUACGGAAACCCUCCUGUCUUCAUCACAGAAAACGGUAUGGAUGAGAAGAACAACCCAUUCAUAGACAUGGAGAAAGCAUUACAAGACGACAAGAGGAUUAGCUUCCACAGAGAUUACCUCUCCAACUUAUCAGCUGGCAUUAGGAAGGAUGGUUGUGAUGUAAGAGGGUACUUCGUGUGGUCAUUGCUAGACAACUGGGAGUGGAACUCUGGUUACACUGUCCGGUUCGGGAUAUACUAUGUGGACUACAAGAACAACCUCACUAGGGUUCCUAAAGCCUCUGCUCGAUGGUUUCGAACAUUGCUUCAUUCGGAACGGGUUGAUCUAAGCUAUUCUCCAUCAGAUUCCGACAACCUUCUGCAGGAGAAAUGAGAGAUCAAAGACAUAAAUAUAUAUACGGAUUGUUCAUACAAAAAGGUCAUUUUUGCAAUGUGAAACAGAUUCAAGCAGAAAUAUAGCGAUCUCAAAAUUAAUGGAUAAAAAUCCUAUUUUUUAUAUUGAAAUUAAAAGCAAAAUGUGUUA